AUGACGAAACUCCUGCGCACCUUUUAUAAUGUCUCCAAACACCUAACAUCCCCACCAACGAAGCUUGCCUUAGUGGUAAGGGGAGAUUUGAAAAUGUCCAAAGGUAAAACAGCAGCCCAAUGCGCCCAUGCAGCAGUAAUAUGUGUACAAGAUUCCCAAGAAAGCAAUAAUGAACGAAAUCGAGAACUCUUGCAGUCAUGGCUGGCAAUGGGACAGCCUAAAAUUGUAUUAAAAGUUGAUAAAUAUGAAGAAUUAAUGAAAUUACAAGAGGAAUCUUCACGGAAGGGCGUUACAGCAGCCCUUGUGCAGGAUGCAGGUCGCACACAAUUAGCCGCUGGCACAGCAACUGUUUUGGGCAUUGGUCCAGACACCGUGGAGAAUAUUGACAAACUUGUUGGGCAUUUAAAAUUGUUAUGAAA